UAAAAUGGAAGCUUCCAGACUCUGGCUUAGCAAAGGGAGAGUAUCCCCAGACUCCUUGACCUGGGUGACCUCUGGGCUUUACUCCUUCGCUCCAUGGUCCGCAAGGCAAUGGAGAUAAGACUUAACUCAUCACCAUCAAGGUGAGAGCUGGGUUUAGCCCCAUUUUGACUCUGGGGAACCCCAACUUCCUUUAAUUUCUGGCUACAUAGUCUUGACAUACUUUUCAUUUCUUUAAGGCAUUUGAGAAGAUUAUUAAGAUGUUGUAUUAAGCAGCUUUAGGUUUUUAGAAAUAUUGUAUUUUAAGGUGGAGUGUAACUCCAUAGACUUAGUCUGCCAUUUUGACAGAAAAUCUAGGAUAUUUAUUGUUUACUUAUCAAGAACUCCAGGAAGAAGUGGUCCUGGGGUUGGUUUAGCAACACAGGGACCUCCUAUGGGUCCUAGACCUUGUGCCCUUCCACCCCAGUUGUUUCUGCUGUUGCCUUCAAGCUUGUUGCCUCAUGGCUGCAAUGUGGAUGCUGCAGCUCAAUCUAUCACACCAUCAUGCUACAGUCACCAGUGAAGGAGAGGAGUAAAGGGGCAAAGGUCUCAUGAGACCCUCCAUUAUUAAGGGGGACAUAGGAUUCCCAGAUACAGUGGUAUAUUCUGCUUUCAGCAUCAUUGGCCAGACAUGGUCAUGAACCCCACUCCAGAUAAAUUACUGCAAACGGGAUUGCUAGAUAGCCUUAACCCCAACUUUAUUCCCUUCCCCCGCCCAGCCCCAAGCUUAGAACAGCCACUCCAGCAGCUCUAGGUUCCUGUUAGUAAGGGAACUAGGGAGCCGUGACUGCUAUUGUGUCACCAUCAGUGUUUGCGACAGCCACACCCCAGAAAAGCAGCUCUCCCCUGCCGCCAAAGCCUGGGACACAAGAAUGUGUGGCGGGGUCCCUGUCCUGCUGGGCUCCGUGGUGCAUACACCUGUUCCCCACCCCGGUUCUCCUCUUCAUUUCAGCACGUGACUACAUGCCCCAUAUGGCCCCAGGCCUGAGGCCUGUCUCCUGACCGUCCACCCCUUUAGGAUUUUACAUGUGCUCAGGGACACCCUGCCUGUCCCUGGCUCCAACGGCACUGGGGGAAGAUGGGAAGAGAACACACGCUAGCAGGAUGUUUUUUAAAGUUCUCAACACCUGAGAAUUUCACAAAUACCAUCCUAUUAAGACUUGGAGGAGGGCUUCAGGUUUCCCGUUUUGGUAUGAGGAAAUGCUGGCGUAAAAUGGCUUACCCGUCUUGCCCAAGGUCAGAUGGGUGUUCUAUGUUAUAAGUCAGUUUGUGCUCUAGCUUAUCCCAGAUGUUGACAACCAGGUUACAACCUCAGGGGUGCAUCUGGGGCUGAGCUCAGCCUCAUCUGAGCAUCUUUUGGAAGCCAAGUUCCUCAGUCCAUCUCAUUCGUUCAAAGAGGGGGAAGGAUAGGAGAGAAGUCUCCCCUUUGUGGGAGGCUCCUGCUGAUGUCAAAACCCCACGAUGUGCCCCAGCUGACAUCCUGUCCUUUAUUAGCUGCGGGCUCUGUCCUCUCCCCCGCCAGCUCUGGACAGUGCAGGCUAUAGUGGGCAGGGCAUGUCUCCCCAUUUGACCACCUUCCUGGCCCUUGCGCUCUGCCUGAGCCAAGCGCUCCACGCACAGCACGGGGUCCUGCCCAGACCCCCCAUCUGGGCAGAACCGGGCCCUGUGAUCCCCCGGGGGCAGCCUGUGACCAUCGUGUGCCAGGGACCCGCUGAGUUUACCACAUUCCGCCUGCAGAAGAAGGGAACAAGCUCAUAUAAAGAUGAGAACAACCCAGGGCAGGAGACGCAGGCCAGGUUCACCAUCGCCGAGGUGGAUGAAGACACUGCCGGGCUCUAUCACUGCCGCUAUCAUACCUAUGCCGGCUGGUCUGAACCCAGUGAGGACCUGAAGCUGGAGGUGACAGGAGACUCACAGAUGCAGGAGGAAGACAGUAACAGUCCAAGUCUGUCGACAGAGCAUGUUUUUAUCCUCACUGGGGUCUCCGUGGCCUUGUUCCUUUGUGUCCUCCUCCUGGCCCUCAUCUUCCUCUAUUGUUGGCACCAGAAAAAACACAGGACCCCCGGCUGCGAAGGUGAGGAGCAGAGGCCCCAGGAGAGGGUCAGCCCGGCCGUUGACAUGCUAGAGAGGACACCAGAUCUGGCCACAGUCCACAGACUUCCUGAAAAGGAUGGGGAAAUGCGUGCUCCCACCCCGACAGCAGGAGGCCCCCCGGACGUGACCUAUGCUCAGCUGGACCAGCGCAUCCUCGCACAGAGGACAGCCCAAGCCGCACCCCCACGGUCCAUGGAGCCCACAGCCGACUUCAGCACAUAUGCAGCCCUCGCAGGACACUGACUCUAGGCCCAGCUGGCCUCUGCCCCUUGACACACAGGAAGCCAUUCCUGCAGAAGCGUGGAUUGGCCAUUUGGAGGGCCUCCAAAUGGGAUCAUCCCUUCCUGGAAAGCCACACAGUCAGAUUUCCUGGAAGCAAGUCAGGAGGCCCCCAGUCAACAUCUAGGAGACUCAGGAGCUGUGUGGUCCCCCCCGAAAAUCAGCUAGAUCCUCGAGAGAGCGUGUAGCACUUACUUCCAAAGACCCAGCUACAGACUCCUGGCUGUUUCCAGAGACCCAGGUAUAGUCACUUGACUGUUUCCAGAGACCCACUAUGGUCCUGCAGUCACGCAGAUGGAUUCCAGAUGUGUCCUAUGCAUCCUUAACUGCCCCCAGAAGUUCUGUUUAAAUUGUCCACUCUGCUGACUCUAAAGACCUUCCAGAAUUCUGAAGCUGACCUUGAACCUAUACUUAGGAAGCAGAUAGCCGAGACCCUGUUUUCUGGACUAUGCUUCUCUUUGUUCAUCAAUAAAAGUUCUCACAGGCCCUCCCUGCAGCAGCCCUGCACAGGGAGGUUGGUCCUGGUCUCUGCUCAAAGCUCAGAGCAGGAAAAAAAGACAAAGGAUGCAUCAGUGUUCUCUGAACUGAGAGUCCCAGGGAGGCGUGAGGCCGCUGCUGAGGGGACGCGUGCCUGAGCAAACGUGCAGAUGAUACAGCCCUACACUCCACACAUGCACGCGCACACACACGUCCACAAAUAUGUCCAUGCACACACAGAUGCACGCACCUGCACACGUGCACACACGCUAAUGGACAUACAUAUGGACCUUAAGAGGGAGCUGGUGAGGCUGUGACUGCGCAGAGAGGACCCCUGAGGCUUUCAGCCCGCGCCACGGAACAUGGCAGCUUCCUGUUUCCUGUCCCCGCUCCAGGCCCGUCCACACUGAACGCCGUGCCUUCUUCAAACACAACAGCACCGUCCAGCUCUAAGACCUUGUCCUUCAUGUGACCUUCACUCCCUCACCCAGCUAACGCCCUUCGAGUUUGGGUUUGGGCGUCAUUCUUCCUAACAGGGUUGCAACACCUCCUCCAUGUAAAGUGAGGGUAUCGGCCUCCCACGGCUGCUGCAACAGAUCACUAUACUCUCGGUGGCUUUGGACAAUACAAUUUAUUAUCUUACAUUCUGCGUGUCUGAAGUCUGAAAUUGGUUUCUCUGGGCCUAAAAUCAAGGUGUCCACACAGCCACGUUCCUUCUGGAGGCUCAAGGGGAGAAUCCAUUUGGUGACCUUUUCCAGCUUCCAGAGUCUCCUGCCUCCCUUGGUCCGCAGCCCCUUCCUCCAUCCUCCGGGAGCUCUGUGGCAUCUUCAAUUCCUGCUCUGGUUAGGACUCCUGCUUUUGUGAUGCCUCCUUCCCCUUCCUCUGAUCCUCUUGCCUCCCUCUCAUAACGACCCUCGUGCUCACAUUGGGACCACCGGACAAUCCGGGAGCGUCUCCGCUCUCCAAAUCCUAAAGUCGCUGACACCAGUAAGAAACCCAUUUGCCACGUGAGGUAAUAUGUCAGGCAGCAUGCAAACGGGCUCGUCUCCCACUAGUCCGCAAAAUGCUGGAUGUCUGACGGUCUAAUUUCCGUGCCCCCAGAGUGACUCUUUGGAACAGAAUCUGCUGUACCCUUUGUACUGGCCAUGUUUCAGGUGUCUGCAAACUGGACCUCUGUCCUAUGUGUGUGUCCUGGACACGACCUAAGUCACUGCGUUGACCUCCAGCCUUCCUCACUGACUCCCCUCUCCUGAGCAAAAUCCUCUUUCUGGGGGUGCCCUUUUCAAACACACACCAGCUGACCCAGUGUCCACACCCAACCGCCUCCCUUAUGGGGCUGUCACACUCUGGGCCACUCUCCACUUGCCCUCAUCUCCCCAGGGCCAAGGAACGGACAACAGGGUCAUCUUCUCCACUACAGACCCCACGGAAAUUGUGGAGUCCAGCCAGUGCUAGGCCUGCUGACCCUGCCUUGCUCAUUCUUCCUGUAGAAACCACACCCAAAGCUCUUGUGCACGAUUUCUGCUUGUCCCUGUCCCCUGCUGCCUGACCCUGAAGCCCUGGUGCGCCCCUCCUCCUGAGGACUAUAACAAACUGCCUUCCAAUAGUAUGAUUGCUCUGUGCUCUGACUGUCCCUCACAGUUCCCAUGAAUACACGGGAUUUUUAAAUCA